AUGUCAUCUACACAUGCCACUCUAGGCGCCGCAGCAGAUGAGCGCAAAGCGCGACUCGCAAAACUCAAAUCUCUGAAAAGAAAGCAACCAGCCGACGAAAUCGUAGCACCAGAAUCCACACGCUCGCCCUCGCCACCAGCCUCACCCGACGUCGCAAAACUACACCUUUCGGGACGGAACUACGAUGCUGAAGCCAAAGGCCCCAAGCUUGGUUUUGAGGCCCCUCCCACAUUAGCGCUCGAGAAACCUACACUUGAGCAGCAAGCUGCAGAGGUCGAGAAGGAAAUUAGGAGGAAGGCGGAGGAAGAAGAACAGGAUGAUAAGGGGGUGGAUCUAUUCAAAUUACAGCCUAAGAAACCUAAUUGGGACUUAAAGAGGGAUUUGGAAAAGAAAUUGGGGGUUCUAAAUGUACGGACGGAGAAUGCGAUCGCAAGGCUAGUGAGAGAACGAAUUGAAAGCGCACAAAAGGCGGCUAGGAUGAAGGAUGGGAAGGGCGCAAUAAAUGCAACUGAGGAUGGAGAGGAGAUGGGGAUGGAAGGUGUUGCUUUGGUGGAGGGAGUCAAGCUACGGGAAAAGGAAGAGGAAGAAGAACGAAGGGAGAAAGAGGAUGAAGAUCUACAAUGA